UUAUGUCUAACAAAAAGAGUAUAAAAUAAAAAGAAAAUAUACCUAUUGAUAGUAGAUUAAACCUUUUGGAAAGUAAUUAUGUUAAUUAAAUUAAGGUAAUUUGAAUAGAGUUUGUAUGUAACAUGAUGCUUUGAUGCCUAUAGUAAAUGAAAUCCCUCAUGUUUAAAAACUAGAAUAAUAAAUUAAAAUACUAUUAAAAAAACAAGAGGAAUUAGAAAAGAUAAGAGACAAAUCAAGAGAAACAUCAACCAACACUAGUUUCAGUGAUUUCAAAUGUAAUAGCUAAAAUAAGCCAUAUGAAAAACAAUUGAAUGAUUUAACAUUAAAGAUGAAUUAUUUGGACAAUCAAUUAUAAGAUUUAUAGAAAAAGAGUCAAGGAAGAGUUGAAUAGCAAUUUAGAAUGUUUUCAGAUACAUAAGAUAUUUAAAGAUUAGAACAAUUUGUUACUGAAGAAUUGAAUAAUUUUAGAAGUGAAGUUCAAUUGGAAUAUAAAAAUAUAUACAAAGUAAUUACUUAUAAACUAAUACCAGGAACUUAAUGGAUUAAGAUGUGAUCUUGAAUAUAUUAUGAAUAAUACUAAGAAGAAUAAAGUCACCUAAAAGAUCCAGACUAUGAAUGUUAAUCCAGAUGAUAAGCUUUUUGUUAUUAAUCUAUUAGAAUAAGAGACAAUAAUUGAGGAAUUAGAUCAUUAUGAGAAUGAAAAUACAUUUAGAUUGUUAUAUGAAUUGGAUUAUUUUGAAUAAUAAAGGGAAUCCAUAUCAACAUUAGAUCCAUAAUAAACUUAAAGAGAAAGUUUAUAUUUAGAAGAAAAAUUAAUAUCUUUAAAAUAUUAAUUAGCAGCUUCAAAGAGAAAAUAUUUAUUUGAGAUUAAGAAAAUUGAACAUAAAUUUUAAGUGAUUAAUGAAAUUAUUGAAUAGAAUCAGAAAUAUCUGAAUUAUUAAUAAUAAAUCCAUAUUUUAACUUAGAGAAUGAGUAAGAUUGUUACAAGAGUCCAUCAAAAUAUAGAAUGUAUAUUUUAAAAGAUAAGUACUUUAGACAAGAGAUGA